UGCAGACACGCGGUUCGCGUCCGUCGUAAAUACGAACGGCACAAAUGCUCGUCACCGAAAAUAAUCGGGCGCAAUCGCCGAAGUCUCGAAACGCGCGGCGUCCGACGACGACGACGAGCUUCUCGCGCGCGGCGACCUCUCGGGGUCGCAUGGGCGGAUUUUCGUCGCUCCGGAGACUACCGUGACGACCGAUCGCGGCGACCUGAAGGAGAGCCUCGCAAUGCGCAAGACCGGCACGAUCGGGUGCGCAGAUCGAGCAGGGAAUUGUUGUCCCGAAAGAUCGGAAGGAUGUAAUCGUGACCGCAGUCGCGGAAACGCUCCGCCGAAGACCGUUCUCUAGUGCUGUGGUAUCGUUAGUGUCUGUGUGUGUAUGCAUGUGUGUGUGUGUGUGUGUGUAUGUGUGAACAGACGCAGUCUGCAAAAAACAAGAAAUCUGUGACACGCGACGAGUGGAUGUUUACAGUGGCGAUUAACAAUAAUGGGCCCACGCGUCACUCGUGGACACUCCGUGUCCAAAUAAAGCGAGGUGGGCGAAUUUGGACGGAUCAUGAUAAAGGAAUCGGGCCUCGCGAAACGGAGACACCCGAUUGCAGAAGGUCCUGAUUUGCGCAGAUCGAAAGGAGCGGCCAAUUCGACGCUGCUGCGACGAAUGCUGUCUCGUCGGGUGGAGAAGCUUCGGUAGAACUCGACGCGACAAUCGAGCGCCAAAUCGCGCACUCGACGAAAAGACCGAUGAGCAAAAUCGACGGGGGAGGAUGAUUGCGGGGGGGAAUUAAUUCAGCGAUUUUCCGGUUCUCGUGCCGAGGAGCGAAACCGCGGGUCGGAGGCCCACGCUGAUUCGCAUUCGCCUGAGCGCAUUUUCCUUGAUGUUUAUGCGAUCGGAUGUUUAUGGGACGAAUCAACACUCCACUUUACGGUCAAUUUUUAGAACGUUGCAUUUGCAUUCGCCGAAGCGCUGCGGCGUUUGCAGAAGCGAAUCCGACGAACGGUCGCGGUUAUGGAACGGAGAUAGGAACGGAGAGGGAUUCUCAGGCACGUUCGAGAUUAACGCGCGCGGCGCGUAAAAUGAUAUGCGGCGAUAUUUCGCCGAGCGAACAGGCUUGUGGCUUAACGAUCUUGUCGUAAAUAAAUCGGCAAGGAACAAAGGCAAUUGUUGACAGUCUGUCAUUGUCGAGACACGAUUCCUUCAACGUCAAGGAACAAAGUAAAGACGAAGGUAUCUUUUUUCCCUCAAGGAUACCAAAAAUAUCCAACCUCUGAAAAUCCUGUCUAGAAUCCGAAUCUUUCGACUUUUAUACGUCGCGAAUAAAUCGCGUUAAAUGGGAACAAUCGUUAUCUAAAACUGAAACGACCUCUAAUUAAUUAAAAUUCCGUUCACAUUUCCUUGACCGUCCUUCCAAAGAACACAAUAAAGGCGGAGAGCAAAAAUACCGAAUCGUUGAAGAUUCUCUCCGGAACUCGAGCUUUCUGAUUUUUGUACGUCGCAAAUAAAUCAUGAUAAAAAAAGAUAAUUAUUAUCUGACAAAACUGGAACUCCAACAAGUUAAAAUUUCACUCAUGUUUCUUUGAUCAUCCCUCCAUAGGACAAAGCAAAGGUAAGAGGAGCAAAAACAGCCAAUUUUUGGGAAUUCUUUCCGGAAUCCAAAUUUACCGAUUUUUGUAUGUCGCAAAUAAAUAGUGAUAAAAAAAUAAUGAUUAUCUGACAAAACAAUGGAACAAUUUCAAGUCAAAAUUUCACUCAUGUUUCUUUAACUACCUCUCCGAGAAACAAAGCAAAGGCGGGAAGUAAAAAUAUACCCUGAAGAUUCUCUCUGGAAUCCGAGUUUCCUAAUUUUUAUACAUUAUAAAUAAUAAUUAUAAAUAAUGAUUACAAAUAAUAACCUGACAAAACGGGAACAUUGUCAAUAACGAAAUCCCGGUUCUUUGGCCACUUCCUAAAGGAACAAAGCGAAGACAGAAGGUGUCCCAAACACAUCCAACAUACCCAAUUCCUGAAGUUCUCAUCGGAACUUGAGUUAUCCGAAUUUUAUACGUCGCAGAUGAACCGAUAAAUAGAGAUGAUCCAACGAAACAGCAACAUUCUCUAAAUCAAAAUUCCGCUCACGUUUUUUCGGCCACCUCUUCGAGGGACAAAGUAAAAGUGACAGGAGCAAGAAUCGGAGUUUUAUGAGUUUCAUACGUCGUAAAUAAAUCGGCGAACAAAUUCAAUGAUCAUCUAACGAGACAGGAACACCGUUCCGCGGUUACUCGAGUUUCAUCUGCGCCGCGAGUACAGGAUAUUAAAACCUCGCGCAUGAAAAGGAUGGCACCAUGAGACCCGCUAUAACUGUCCUCUGUUAAACACCAGCCGCUACACCGAGCAGAGUAUUUGAAUCUCACGUCGCACCUCCAACCACAGCCAGAAAAGCCAAUGGCGGAAGAUAACGCACAUCAGGCCGAAGAGUGCGGCGUGUCCGACGUCGAGCGGAAGCCAGACCGCGCGCCCUGUCGUCCACGAGACCAACGCGCUCCCAAGGUCAAGGACAAGCUGGAGGAUCCUCGACUGCCGACCCCGCCGCCUCUGCCGGAUCCGCAAUGCCCGCGGUUCGCUCGGGAGCGCGGAGUGAGUGGAUGUCGUGGUGGCAGCGGCAGGCUCGACGAAGAGGAAGAGGAAGAAGACCUGGUGGCCUACCUGAACGAGCUGGCUGCGUCUCCGGUGGAGGGCCACUCGUUCGACUACGACACACCGAACUCGGCUACCUCGGCGAUGGGCGUCGCGGCUGGACCUUUCGCCGAGGAGGCCUUCGAGCACUUGGACCGGUUGUGCGCGCUGACGGAGCAGAUCCUGGAGCUGCGUAACCGCAGCUCCAAGUACUUCCGCCGCGUGCGCGGCCUGGAGCGCGCGAAGGCGCUGAGGAACGCCGAUCGCCGGCUGGAGGUGGCCUUGGCGAACGACGAAGAGCUGCUCGGCGACUUCUUUGACGAGGACACCGGCUUCGCCGAGUCCUUGUUGGACGCGAUGCUGUCCAACUGCCGCGAGCCGCCGGCACAGAGGAGGAGCGAGCGCACCAGCGUGAGGUCGCCGUCGUCGAGGCAACGAAGCCGCUCACUUGCGCUCGCCGAGCAGACCCUGAUGGGCGCAGCCAGCGUGGUCGACCGCGCCGCCGACGCAGACAAGACAACCGCGAGAAACGUGCUCCGCAAUGGCGCUCCCAAGGUCAGCAAGUGGACCAGGGUGAAGGCGGCCUUCAAAUGGGAGCGAGCCUGCACGAACGAUCUUGCGGAGAUCGCGGAAUCGGGCACGGCGAUGCCGUCGACGCCCACCUCGAGGUACCUGAGGAUCCCGGACAUCACCGCCGGCAGCUGGAGCGGCUCGGCCUUGUCAGCCUGCACCAGCGAGCUUUCCAGCCCGUCCACGCCGAUCGGCAGAGUGUCACCCGCCUCGUCCUCCAAUGAGGAGGUGUUUGACGAACCGCGGAAGAAUAUCAUAAACUAUCCGGACCGGCAAUCGCCACAAUCGUCGAGAGAAGAUAAGAAGAGAGAGGAUGCGGAGCGACACGGUCGAUCGUUCGAUCGCGAUGUUUCCGUCACGGAGAACACCGAUUCCAUCGAACUCCCCAACGAGGCGAGUCGCGCUGCCAAGCCGCUGAUUCGCGUCACACCCGACGCGGCCUCGUCGGCGCGAGUCGCCAAGGACCCGGAAGCGCCGCCGAGGAGGCCGCCGCCGACCCUGACGAUCACGAUACCGCCGAACGAGGAGGAGGUCAGAAGCUUGUCCUCCCCGGAGUCGAUGUCCCCCCUGCCGUCGAGCGCGCAGGACUCCGGCGGAAGUUCGCCCCAACGUCCCAAAGCGCGCCCGGAUAUUUUGAGCUCGCGGGAGUUCAAGCGGCAGUAUUCGACGAUCGAGGAAGCGACCACUCCAGCGCCGAAGAUUCAGCGGCAAGACUCGAAAUGGAACAAGGUCAGGCGUGCUUUCCUGACGAACGCCACCUUCAGCGUCCCCCCGAGCCCGGUCAGAGUAUUCGCCGCGCAAUCGUUCGCCAGCGAUGAUACGCGCCGAGCUCGCAGCUGUAGCGAAAGCGUCGAGGAUCUCGGUAAAACCGUUGCAGGUACCAAGCACUGCCGGGCGGAAGCGCUCAGGGACUACCAGGCGCUGCGGGAGAAAUUCGGCGCUGAGUUCUACCGGAAGCUGCUGGAAUGGGAGCGGCUGAAGGGCAACCCGCCGCGCGUCCUCGCCGCGCGGAACGUCCGCGACGGGCUGCCGCUGCACGAGGAGCGGCUGGCGCCCGAAUUCAGGAAGAAGCUGCAGGACUGGAAGCGGGCGAAGAAAGGUCGGCGAUCGGGCGCGAGCAUCGAACAGCAGCGCGUCAGCCGCCGACGGCUGACCGAUUGGCAGCUCUGGCGCUCCUCGUCGAAACCUGAGCCCAGGUGUCACGGCACAAAACAGAGCUCCGUCAGUUCACGCGGGAGCUGCGCGAGUAUCGGCAGCGCGGGGAGCUUCGCCAGCGACGGGAAGCAGCACCUCUGCGAGGACUUCGUCAAGAGGAUGGAGGCAUGGAGAAGGAUGAGCGAGGCCGCAUGCAGGAGCAGCGAGAGGCCGAGGGCGGCGACGAGUCGCGUCGCGUCCGACGUCAUCGACGAGACGGAAUUCCUCGCUCUGGAGAAGUUGCUGUUGCUUUUCGGCCAGAGGAGCAGGAAGGAGCGUCGGGAGAGCGACGCGAAGCAGCUGAACGAUUGCUUCGACGGCGACUCGAGGUUCACGGCUGCGUCCCGGGGCGUAAGCUGCGGCAACGAGGUGCUGAUCCGCACCUCCGUCGGCUCGUAUCGCUUCGAGGGCAUAUCGAGGGAGUUCACGAGGAAGUUGUACGACUGGGAGAAGUACCGCGGAAUAUCACCGAGGUCCUCCACGUUCCGGCUGCUGGGUCCAGGUUACACGCCGUUCGCGCAGGACUCGGACGAGGCUACGUUGACGGAGUCACCGAGUGCGACCGGUAAGACUCGCGCACUUCACUGGAACCUGAAGAGAUCCAAGUCCGACGGCAGCGUCUUCGAAGGCAGCCUUCGCGACGAGUCGUACACACUCCGUCGCUCCACGAGUCUGCACUCUCUGAUCUCCACGGACAAGCUCGAAGACGACAACCGAAUGGAUGCCCUACCGACUUCUAACAAUCCGCAGAGCAUCAAGGAUCACUCGGAGGACACCGCGGUGGAGGACUCCGAGCCUGAGGCGAUGAUCGUGGACAUCGAGGACGUCAUCGAGGAGACCGCCAGUCCGCUGGAGAGGGUGCAGCCUCAUCAGACGCCAGUUUACUCCGUGGCAGCGAGCGAAACCACCAGCAUUGCGGUCCCCCUCGGCACGGUGACUUCCAGCCACGAGCCGUCGCCCGUGUUCCUGGUCGAAGCCGAAGACGACGAUGACGAUUGCGGAGGCUGGAACGGCAGGACGUGGGUCGGCGGUCAGGAGGCUCGCUCGAGCGAGAACAGCUCGAGCCCGGAGCACUUCCCGGUGCGCGAGGUCUGGCGCGAGAGGACGACGUCCCUGGCCGAGGAGAAACCGAGCUGGGGACCGUGGCGCAAAGGACACGACACGGAGGACGCGGCCACCACCGCCGCGGGGUGGACCGAGAAGACGGGCUGCUCGGUCGUCCCGGACGACGACUCCGUGAAAUUCGACCGGCCGAUCGGCUGGAAUCGAGACGCUUGGGACGAGUCGGGCGAGAUUUUUCAGAGAUACGCCAACGAAGCGAAUAGAGACUCGACGGUACCCGAAUCGCCGACCGACGAAGGCGACGCCGGCAGGAACGCCACCAAGCAGCAGGAGCUUUCCGCCAGCCAGCCAAAAGCUGACGAUACUGAGCCUGCACCGCUCGCGGAGAAUCUCGGAGCCACGUCGUCGGCCUGGAGCGCGGAGAAAUUAACGGACUCGCCGCGCACGUGUGAGAGGAUGAACGAGGCGGAGAAGAUCGAGGAUCCAACAGAUAAAUCGAAUGACGAGCGGAAGAGCGAUGUGGAGGACCACCGAGACUCAGAGGACGCAGCGAAAUCUAAGGAAACGAUGUCCACUGCAGGUCCUCGUGCUUAUCGAUUAGCAACGAUGCCAUCGCCGCCAAAUUGUCGCAAUUCCAGGGAGGCCCCCUCGAAUUUAUUCAAUUUAAUCGUGGGCGAUGACAAAAGCACGCCGGAAUGUCACGACGCUGAUACCGAAAGCGAGAGCUCAGCACGUUACGAGAAUUACCGUUUGCCCGAGCUGCAGGCCGACGUCGACCGACACUACGAGAUCCUCACGUUUAGAACAGACGCGUGCAGCGAUACGCUUGAUAGCCGUUUCUUGUACGAGCCAGUUGGCUGCCGCGAGACUCCUCGCGACGAUGCAAGUAACCGUGCGAGAGAGAAUCUUUCAUUAUCGAGGCUACGAGGCGCGGAGACAGCAAGUUUCUCGGGGACGCCGACGAGCCUCUUGACCGACUCGACGAUUCGCACCGUGCCGAUAACCGUCUCACGAAACAGCGAGGCACGUCGUCUCGAGAGAAUCCUCAUCAACGAGGAGACGUUGAACAAGGUAGUCGUGCCGACGGCGAGCGCCGAGAGGCCUCGCCCGGCGGAGAGCGCGACGGCGGCCGAUGAGACCGAGGCGAGGACUAACGAGGAGCAGCAGGUGACGUGCGGCAAGAAGGACAGCUCCUCGCCCAGGAAUAUGUUCGUGAAGACCAAGCGCAUGAUCUUCGGGCCGUUCCGCCGGUCGGAAGACCGGCCAUCUUCGAGGAAGGAGAGCGACAGCUCCGUGGACGAGCGGCUCCUGCGUUCCAAGUCCAAGAGCAAGUCGAGGUCGGCCUCGCCGAAACUGUGCCGGCAGGACGCCCUGUUGCGCCCUGUGUCGUUGUCCUUGCCGUGGCCGCUGCGCUUUAGCUCGAAGGAUAACGAAGCCUUCAGCGGAGCUGAGUCCAGAAGAAGUUCGGCCGGCAAGACGGACGAUGCGGUAACGGUACAGGUGAGUGACUCUCGUUGCGGCGGGUUCAUCAGCGACGACCGGGCGAGUGAGGACGACAAAAAGCCCAACGACCAGCUGACUAACGAAGAGCCAGCUGAGAUCAAUCAAGCGGCGGCUCAUCAGUCAGCCACGAAGUCGGCCAACGUUCCGGUGAACGCGAGGCCCUUCACGGGAACGACCUCCCCGUGCGCUUUGGAGCAGUCGGACCGGCCGAGAGCCACUGUGGUCCAGCAGGAUCGAAGUACUCGUCGGAUGCAGGACGAGAGCAAGCGCGGCCGAAGGCAGGACGAAGGAGAGCAGCGGGACAAGGUCAAAUGCGAGCGAGUGCAGAACGAAGAGAGGCGAACCGAAGUCGGCAGCGCAGGGCAGGAUGAAGAGAGGGCAGACGAGGCGGCAAGCGGCCACGGGCAGGACAAGGCGAGGCGGCAGGACGAGAAUCACGCGAAGAACGAUGCCGUACCGUCAGAUUUGAUGCACAAACUCAGGAUACUUUCGGACGCCGCGGCGAGGAGGGAAGGGCGAGCUACCAGUACGGAGACCUCGGCGAGCAGCAGCUCGGAAUCGCGUUCCUCGAGGAUACGACGCGCCAAGGAGAGCUUCCUGUCGCGCCGAGGCGGGCCCUUCUGCCGCUCGAUGAUGGAACCGACGGAGACGGGUGGUCGCGAGAGCGAUCCUUGGGGGCGAAGGUCGGCGAGUCAGACAUCAUCGUCCUGCACGGAAAUGUCGAAACCGGGCGACAUCCAGCUCGCGGAGUCCACCUCGAGGCCCGAAGAGACUGGAGACGCGGGCAGCUCGACGGUAAGGACGACUGCGCAGGACGAGCCCGCUUGCUCGAGCGGGGACCAAGGCUGCGCGCGUGAGGAGGACCGCGAAGUCGCCGUACGAGCGGACCUGGUGAAGUCCGCCAGCGCUGGUAUGAUCAACGUCGACCCCGACACGUUCGGCCGGCUGGUCGCGGCCGAUCGCGGCUGCGAGUCCUUGCCGAGGACCAUCGCGAAGCGCCGCGACUCGUCCGGCCCGUUGGCGAAAAUCGUCGGCAAACUGAAGCUCUCGCGGCUGAUCCGCGCCAAGAACGCCGACGGCGGCAACAUGAGCACCAUCUCGACCCUGUGCAGACAGAGCCUGCUCAUUAACGUGCGAGGCGGCUCCGAAGGUCGAAGCGGCGGCCUUGCGAGCGACGCGGACGACAAGGGCAAGGGCGCCGACGAGGCUUCCGGGGCGAUCGACGAAUGAGGAUUUUUCGCACGAACAAUCGUUCGCGUAAUCUUUGCUGUCUGUGGAUUUUUAUACUCGUCUCUGCGAAUUCACCUCGGUCGCUUAGCUGCGCGGCUGCUUAACUUCCCGAUGCACAAUUAUGAAAUUCGUUUGUGGAUAAAUUCACGCGUAUACGUCGAUUUAAAUUACUAUACUAUAAUAACGUGCAUGAUGAUACUAAAUAUUAUUGUUAUUAUAUAUUAUGAUAUCUCUGUAUGUUUUAUUGUAUGUAAUGAUAUAUAUAUAUAAUAUUGUUAUUGUACCAGUACAUAUUGAUAUGUUAAUUUAAAUUAUACAUAUAUUGAUAUGAACUUGAUACACUAUGAUAAAGUACAAUGUAUUAAGUUGUUGCAUCAAAACAUUAUAUAUGCUACAUAACUGCGUUAACAAGGGGAGAAAUUAAUUUCAUAAUUGUGCAUCGACGUCGAGCGUAAUUGUGUCAUCAAUCGUAAUACUGACACUUUCUUUAUUAAGGGGGGAAUUAUUAUACAUGCGAAAGGCCGUUUUCAGAGCUACUUUUACGAAUUUUUUCAACAGAAACGGUAAGCUCAAUGGACUUGAAAUUUUCACAGUGUAUUCAUUAAUCUUCAAUGUAUAAAAUAAAUUUUAUUGAAUCACAAUAACCGAUCCAAUUUGUAAUUAUAGAUAAAAAUGCAGUCACCCGUUUGCAAACUCUAUGUUUGCUGUCGACCUAAUUCCGGGCCUCUCACUAUUCUGAAACCAAAAAGUGAGAAAGAUUUUUUAAAUAUACAAUUGUUAUUACAGCCCGUAUCAAAAUGAAGGCAGUGAAGUCAAGUUUGGAAAAAUAAUUAAAAAAUGAAACUUUUUUCAACUCGUAAUUAUGUUUAAAAAAAUGAAUAAAAUAAAAUACAACUAUGUUCGAGAUAGGGGCGAAAAACUACAUGUCUACUGUAUAUUGUGUAAAAAUUUCAAGUUAUUCGGUUCAGUAGUUUUUGCGUAAUCGUGUCGACAGACACGUUUAAGAAAAUGCUAUUUCCAGAUAAACGCGUUUAAAGUUUUAUGUGUACUUUCCAUACAAAUAGUAACCAAUUUAUUUUAUACUUUGGACAUUAAUGAAUACACUGUGAAAAUUUCAGCUCCAUUGAUCCCACCGUUUCCGUUAAAAAAAUUCACAAAAAUAGCCUUGAAAACCUGCUGCGCAUGUAUUAUAAUUCCCUCCUUAACAAGAAUCUGCGAAUCUUUAGACGCGCAGCUUCUCGCGCGGCUAAAGCCAUCUCAGGCUGGUAGAUAACAAGAUACUUUUGCUACUCACCAUGUAACGGAUCAUUGUGACAAGGUAAUGAGAUUCAAAUAAAGUCGCAGCAAGUAACGAAGCGAACGCAACGCGCGACCUCGCCUCGAGUUCCGGCGCGCUGCGACGCGGGACCGAGCGGUCGCAAGCGGAAUAUCCCGCGCCGAGAGGAAGCGGCGCCGAUCAAUUACUCCGCGAGUCCCGCUUUCCCCAACAAUGCCCACGCAAACACGACGUUGCGCUCCGGGCCCGCGCAACGAAUAGCAAACAUAAUGACGAGGGUUACCGCGCUCCGGCCGGUGUUUGAUUAAACGGGAUUAAUGUCCCCGGGGCGGUCUCGAGUGGCCACGGGGGGAGCGAGACGCAGACGGGCGCGUGUCGCGCGUGCCUCCCCAAAGUCGCCAG